AUGAUGCUUUUGCCGGUCUUUGAACGCUUUGCUGAGCUUGGAUGGCAGCCAUUCGUCGAUCCUGCUGAGACUUUUGAGUUCUUUUCCGUCUCUGGCGUCUUUCAUCGUGCUAAUGUGGAUAUUUCAUUGCAUACAGGACAAUCUAAUGCUCAUAUUCUCGUGCAACGAAGCGCUCUUUUUGACGUGUGUUUUCAGAGUGGUCUUGCGCAUCUGGUAGUGGCUUAUAUUCGUGCUGAGGAGCCACACUUGCAGCCUGAAGAGGCUUUUACUGGUGUGAAAAAUUACGUAUUAAAGGAACCAAUUGCAGUCCAGCAAUGGGCACGUCAGCGUCUCGAUUUUAUUGAGCACAAGGUGGACGAGAUGGUAAAUGAGCAACAGUGUAGUGGCCGUGAGACGCCAAAGACGGAAAUUGUGGACGAGGAACUGCGACAUUUGAAUGGAUUGCGCAUGAUUUUGAUUGCACUUACAGAGAGACUAAAAGAAGGUUCUUGUCAGGCUGCGUGCUGCUUUAAUAACGCGGAUGCAGAGGACAAUAUGGUGGAUAAGACGGAGCUCGUUCGAUUGACGACUGCAGGUAUUCAGAACUUGUUGCAAUUACUUUCUCGCACUCAGAGUGCAGCCUGUGCUUGCAACUGCAUGUUAUGGCUCAAUGAGAACGAAGUGACGGCUAAUAACGAGAUGUACGACGCAUUUUACAGCAAAGCGAGAUCGUUGCGCGUUACAUACCGUGAACAGUUUGAGGAAAUUUACGGCAGCAAACUAUCCUCGGUUAGUGAUCUGAAAAAACCGAUGUUGUUGAUUGAGCACGUGAUGAAGAGUGCGGGUAUCCCGCUUGAGGACCUUGAAGGAUGCUGCCCGCCCACACAAUUAAGACAGCUGUUUCGGCUCCUGAGAGCAUCAAGUAUCCAGGAAAGUGUUGCUCAGUUUUACGGUGAUGAAGUUGAUCAUGAGCCCAUUGAAAGAUAUUUUCGAGUGCAAGUGGCAUUGCUACUGUAUUUCUGUUUGGACAGGGCCUACUUGAGUGUAUGGAAACAGCAUACUCAAAGUGGCGCUCAAAUUGCCAACAAAAUGCGCUCAUUGGCAGACUCGCUUGCGGUACAAUUGAGCGUGCGUGAUGAUAUGAAAUUGACUUUACUCGCUUUGUGGUUAGUUGAGAACGCAGUCGUAGUGAAGACGUCAGGUGAGGACCAAGUGGCUGUUAUUUACGAAAAUGCCAUUGCUUGUUUGCAACAGUCGAGUGCAAUGCAUCUUCACCAAAAGUACGAUCUAGAAGCUGACUUGAUUUUUCGUUUGCUCGAGACGUUGGUGCACCGGGGUGAAAGUCUUGUCGCAUGGAAAGUCUGGAACACAUUCGGAGUAAAGCUAGAGAAGUCUCCUCCCGCAGCAACAGAGUUGGUUGUGGUCAUAUCGUUGGAGUUAGAAUUUUGGGAGCGCGCACUGUCGUUAAUUCGCAGGCAGAAACGCCCAGACCUACUAGAUCUGCUAUUCAACUGGUUGAUGAAAAGUCAUCGUCUUAAGGAGCUAGUUCACGGUGUGACUCUACUGCCUACAGAAGAGAAGCUAUUUCACGCAUACAUGAUGGAAAGCAAUGUUAUAACGGAUGAAGAUGUUCUCCGAGAUGACAACAUUAAGCGUGUAGACUUCCUCGUGAUGUACUAUAUUCUCCGAAACAAGAACGAGCAAGCCUGGGAUGUUCAUCACGAACACCUGGCGAUGAUUGGAGCCAUGUGCGGUGGCGAUACCGAGAUUAUGAGGGCUGUGUUGAACCAGCCAAGCUUGCGCAUCCGUGCAGCGUUGCUCUCUAACAUGUGCCCUAAGCCUCCUUCAAAGUCGAACUCGCAAAGAAGUAGGAAUGCCAAGAUACGGAUUGAAGGUCGACAGCGUCGAGAUUUUACUAAGCCUGCGCUGUUCGAGAACGAAGAGAUGGAAGACAUAUUCAAUUCCGACACACCGGUACCGGCACCGGCACCGAUGGAAUCGAGCUUUAUGGAGCUGCAAAGAAUGGCGAAAACAGGUGAACUUAACUACUCUCCAGGUAUUUUUUCGUCUCGACAAGGAUUUAGUGUUCGAACUCGGUCCACGGAACCACCUACACCUCUUGUGACCGACAAGAUGACACUAACGCCGAUGAAAUGCAAAGGAAAGGACAAAAUGAGCGCAGAUGAUACUUAUGCAGAGCCCGUCGGCUCGAGUCAAAACUCACCUUUGCACACGCUCACCAAGCUGAACCCUAUUGUCACUACUUCCACUGGGUCAGGUGGUAUGGCUCGUCAAGCCCUGAACUUUGGUCAAUCGCCGGCAAUGCAUUCUAGUGCACCCUCUACACCGUUGCAGCCUCUCGUGUCCCCGUUUGGCGAUCGUCGUCCACUUGGCAAAGCGCCAAUCCGAACCAAGAUCAAUUCUACCUUUGCAUACACAUCGUUGGCACCGUCCGCUUCGAAAGCGGCAGGCUCUACAAGUGAUUUCACGCUGAAGCCACGCAAAAAUAAUGACAGCACAACGGAUGAUAUCUCUCUAGCUGAAGCACGGAGUCUUGCAACGGUGGUGACUGAUGUACCUGAGAAUCGGACGAUGCAGGAGGUCUCGACACCACCCCCUGAUACAGACUCUUCUGCUGUCAUGGAGACUCCAAAGCGAUAUCAAUUCGUACGCGAGCCGUUAACGGAUUCCCGUUUUGAAGUAGCACACUCAGAUUCAGAUUAUCCGAUGUCACCCGCAACAGAGGAACUCGAAGGCACGAUGAAGCUAGAGAGUAUUGAAGACGAGUUGGGUACACCAAUUUCUCACUCAAGAGGACGGCGGAAGAAACCAGCAAGCGCUCCCGUGCGUCGCAAUCCUCGACGGUCAACACGUCAAAAGUACUAA